AUGAAGCUCCCCAAGGGAUACGUCCCAGGCGUGGGUCUGGUCAAAAGUGAAGGCGGAUUUGGUGGAUUUGGACAAAAAAUGCUGGAGAGGAUGGGCUGGGAACGCGGCCAGGGUCUUGGCAGGGAGAAGGCAGGCAUGAAGGACGCGAUAGAGGUCGUAAAAAAAGAGGACACGCUUGGGGUGGGCGCUACCCAAACCGGCUGGAAGUGGGACUGGAAGUACUGGGAGGACGCGUACAACGGCGCCAUGCAAGGCGUCAACCACCCCAGCGGCAGCGACGGCGAAGCGGGCGGCAGCGACAGCAGCUCGGACAGCGACGACGACCGCACCACCUCGAGCCGAGGGGCGAGCAGCAGCAGCAGCAGCAGCAGCAGCAGUAGUGACGACAGCAGCGAAGAGGACGAGCCCGCGCUGGACCGGUUGUUGUCCUGCACAGUGGCAGUCAACCGCGACGGCACGCUCGCGUCGGCCAGCAGGGACGAGCUUUCGAUCGCCCAGGGCCUGGCCAAGGGCCCGUGGGUGGCGGGGCGCUUCGGCGGCCGCGAGGGCAAGAUGGCGCGGAUCAGGGCGCAAGAGGAGAGGCAGGCGGCGGAGGCGAGGUCCAAGCUGGGGAUCAUGCCUGCAGUCAGCGGCGGCGGUGCAGCCUCGGCGCCCUCGAAGAAGCGCAAGUCCCAGGCAGCGGGUGGAGGCGCGGACACCGAAGCUGCCGGCGCAGCGACCAACGCAGACAGCAGCAAAAAGGCUAAGAAGGCAAGGAAGUUGGCCAAAGAAGAAGCCAAGCGGGCGGCGGAUGCAGCUUCCCAGCAGCAUGAGGAUGCAGGCAAGGCGCAGGGCCAGUCGCAGCAGCAGGACGAGCCGCAGCAGGGGCGGAGCACGCGGCCAAAGGGCAAAGUCAUCAUCGUGGCGCUGAAGGGCGAGGAGGCGCGGCCGGCGCUCCCGUUCACUCCCACCCCGGCCACCGGCUGGUGGGGCGAGAAGAUGUUCACGUCGGCCGGCCGUCUGGAGGGCAUGGAUGAGGAGGAGGCAGCGGCCCAGGAGCAGCGGCUUAAGGACGGCGCCGGCAAGGGCAAGGCGCGCGCCGCGUUUGACGAGGACACCCAGGCCAACCUGUACAACCGCCUGCAGGCCGCGCAGCGGCAGGGCAAGCGCGGGAUGGGGAAGGCGGCUGUCAAAAUUGCAGGUGGCAACUGGAACGGCAAGAAGACAACGUUUGCUGAGGAGGAGGGCGAGGACUGCGACGGCACGGCAGCAGCUGCCGGAGCAGAGGUUGCCGCAGACGCAGAGGGCGCAGCAACGGCGGCAGCAGCGGCCACGGAGCUCAAGCGGAGAGGCAGCAGCAGUGGCGGCGGCAGCAAGAAGAGCUCCAAGCAGGAGAAUGGGGAAAGCAAGGGCGUCAAGGGUGUCCAGGAGGGGGGCAGUGGCACCAAGAAGGUCAAGUGGGUCAAGCUCGCUGCAGCAGAACUCAAGCGCGUGCCCAAGCGGCGUCUUAAGUGGAGCACGCUGUGGGCGGCGCUCUGGGAGCAAGAUACAGUCAGCGGGCUGGGCUGUGGCGCCAAGGAGGCCAAGGCAGCCUGCUGGUCUAAGAUAAGUGGCAGCAGCAAGCUCGAGAUCAACGGCAAGAAGGUGCAGCUCGUCGAACGGGGAUGA